UAUAUGUAGCACUUUGAAAAGCCCUAAAAGCUUCAAGUAUCUCCCUUCAAUUUCUUGUGUACCAAGAACAACCAAACAGCUGUGAAUUGAAUUAAUAAAUCCAUAUAUCCAUGGAAAUCCCAAAAAAGGUCCAUAAGUUGAAAAUUAGACACAUUAGUAUUCUUAUUUUAAGCCUUGCUGCUCUAUCUCUUAUUGCAUAUUCCCUCAUAUGUCUUGUACCGGCCGAUUCUCUUGACCUUCUCAAGUAUUUCUUCCCUCUCUUGCUAUCAACAACUCUGUUUGUCAUCGUUGUCGCAGCGGGUUUUAAACGACAGGCCUUACCGGUUACGGAUGACUUCGAUGAAACAACAGCAGAAGAAAUUUGGAAGUACAUAACUAAAUAUGAUGAAGAUCAUCAACAUCCUAGUGAAUUAGUUCUUUAAUUUGAUGCACAGAUACCCUAAUAUUCCCAUGGCCAAGAGGAAUUAAUUUAAAUAUUGUAUCUUGUAGUAGCUAGUACUUUUUGGAUGUGAUAUUAACGUUCUCAUUUCAUUUGACAUAAAGUUUAAGAAUUUCAUUUGGC